UCGGAUUGAGGGACGGAAUUUAAUUUUAUCAAAAACCGUUAUUACAGAGGAAGUUGAGUGAUUGUAUUUCGGAUUAUAACAUCUAAAAUACGUUGAUGAACCUCAGCCGGUGUAAUCUGCAAGUAGAGGGUUAGAAAAGAAACUAUAAAUGUAAGUAGAGUAAUUCGAAUGAGUAACUAAAGCUAAUUGGAAUAAAAUUGUAGUUUUAAGCUGCCGUUAGUAAAACGCUGCUGUCGGAAAUUAGUUUUAAAGAAAGAGUCCCUCGCCGCAACAAACUUAAAAAUUUAUAAUAUGCCGGGAACCAGCGCAGACCUAGAAAAGACUGGCUACAGUUGUGCGGGAUGUCAGCGUCCGGACGGCGCCGAAGAGGAGAUGGUGUUCUGCGACCAUUGCCAAAGGUGGUACCAUUUCGGGUGCGCCGGAGUUACUGAGGAGGUAAGAGACGUAUCAUGGUCGUGCGAAGAGUGCUUGAGCCGUGUAGAUGGGGGUUCCGGAUCUGCCCGUAUGUUGGAGGAGUUAGAGAAACUUGAGAAGGAAAUGGAAGAAGAGAGACGGGCCAUGGAAUUGGAGAGACUGCUACACAAGAAGCGGAUCGAGCACCAGCGCAAGAUGUUCCUUUUGCGGCAAGAGGCCGAGAAGGAAAAACGCGAAAUGGAGUUGGCAUUCGAGAAGGAGCAAUUGGAAAAGGAAUUGGAAGAAAAAGAGGCACAUCAGAAGAAGCGCGAGAAAGUUCUGAAAGAGGUGCAGUCAAAGUUGAAGCAAGUUGAAACGGAAUCGAUUGGGCAAGCGUAUAGGGAAAAUGAAUCGGAUGGAGCGGAUGUUGUCGUGGGUUACGAAGUCGGAAGCAAGAUAUCUUCGAAGAGUAUGCUGAAGGCCAAGGAAGCGGUGAUGGGGAAUUCGGAAAAGCCGAGAAAGGAAAAGCUCGAGAAAAUCAAGUCGGGAAAACCACACUUGGAGAAAGCGAACCCAGUAAGCGCAAACCAGCCAGAUUUUCGAGGAGCGUACUCAAAGUUUUCAACACCCAAAGCAAUAAAGGCCACAUCGAUUUUGCAGGACUUUGCUGAUGCAGUGCAGUCUUCCAGAAGUGCAACGCCAAUCGGGCACCCAGAUCUGCUCAAGAAGAAGAAGAAGUGUGUCCAAAUAGCAAGUGCGGUAGAGGAAAGUGACUCGGAGUAUAGCGACGUAGGAAAUGAGGUUUCGGAAGAAUCCGGAACUGAAGAAAGUUCUUCGGAAGAAGAAGUUCCGAACCGUGUGAAGGAAUCAUAUCAUCGUCCGUCGAAGGCACAACUGUCGGCGCGACAAUUCCUGUCGAAGAAGUUGCCGGUGUUUUCCGGGAAGUUAGAGGAAUGGCCGAUGUUCAUCAGCGCGUAUGACACGUCAAACGAAGCUUGUGGUUUCUCGAACGUCGAGAAUCUAGCUCGGCUGCAGGAGUGUCUCAAAGGACAAGCGCUGGAGGCAGUUCGAAGCAGAUUACUGCUCCCAAGUGCAGUGCCGCAAAUCAUAGAUACGCUGAGGAUGUUGUUCGGAAGACCCGAGCAACUGUUGAACAUGCUGUUGACGAGGGUGCGGAAGACGCCAUCACCGAAAGCGGAUAAGUUGUCGUCAUUUAUUCCGUUCGGCGUAAUCGUUCAGCAGCUUGCCGAUCAUCUUGAAGCAACUAGCCUUACAAGUCACUUGGUGAACCCGAUGUUGAUUCAGGAGUUAACGGACAAAUUACCCGCUAAUACUCAGCUAGAAUGGGUGCGCUAUCGACGAAAGGCGCGAGUCGUAACCAUUCGAACUAUGGCCAACUUCCUAACCAGAAUCGUCAAGGACGCUAGUGAAAUCACUCCAUACUGCGAACCAACUGCAGGGGCAGUGGAUCAAGGAUUUCGCAAAGGGAAGAAUCGGAAGGAGACCGAAGGAUUUCUGCAUGCGCAUAGUGCCGGAGCAGAUAGCGAGCGUAGUCAGUCGAUGAGCUUACCCAAGAGGGAGAAGAAACCAUGUAGGAUAUGCGGCCGAGUAGACCAUAGGAUUCGAAACUGCGAGGCGUUCCGGAGGUUGCGGUUAGCGGAUAGGUGGGAAGCUGUCAGAAAGUGGAAAUUAUGCUGGCUGUGCCUAAACGAGCAUGGUGGCGAUCGCUGCAAAUUGAGCUUCCGAUGCAAUAUCGGCCAGUGUAACGAACCUCACAAUCCAUUGCUUCAUUUCGAGCAGCCAAUCACGUACAAUUCAAACUGCAACGUACACACCAUACAAAGGAAGCAGUCAGUGAUCUUCCGCAUGAUUCCGGUUAGGCUCUACAACGGGAAGUUCGCUGUCGACACUAUCGCGUUUCUCGACGAAGGGUCGUCAUAUACCUUGCUGGAAAAAUCACUGGCCACCAUGUUGCAGGUCAAGGGAAAUACUCAUCCUCUUCGUGUGACGUGGACAGCAGGAGUAACGAGGGUGGAAGCAGAUUCACAGAAGGUGGAGUUCUUUAUCUCUGCAAAAGGAUCGACCCGAAAGUUUCGGAUAAAAGCUGCGCAUACCGUGGACAGCCUUCAACUGCCACGACAGACGGUCGCGAUGUCAGACAUCGUAAACGAGUAUGGUCAUCUUCAAGGUUUACCCGUCUACGAUGUUCAUCGAGGUGUUCCGCAAAUCCUGAUUGGCUUGAAGGACAUUCAUUUGUACGCUCCCAUCGAAUCAAAGAUCGGUAAGCCCCACGAACCGAUAGCUGUAAAGUCCAAGCUGGGAUGGACAAUCUAUGGACCAACGAGCGUGAAUCAUGACGAAGCAGCAAUUGUUGGACAUCACCACGGGGAAGCGAUUUCGAACGAAGACUUGCACAAUUUGUUGCGAAGCCAUUACAGCCUCGAGGAGGCGUCCAUUUCAGUUGCGUUGCUCCCGGAGUCCAACGAGGAUAGGAGGGCGAAAGAGAUCCUGAACAGCACAACCAUAAGGAUCGGAGACCGUUUCGAGACAGGGCUGUUGUGGAGAGAAGACGAUCCACGAUUUCCCGAUAGUUUUCCGAUGGCAGUCAAGCGAUUUCGGUUUCUGGAAAAACGUCUAGAGAGAGAUAAUCAUCUGUAUGGGAAGGUAAAAGAGUUGAUUGCGGACUAUACCAGAAAGAAAUACAUUCAUGUGGCAUCAAAGUCAGAGCUCGCCGAAUUUGAGCCCGACCAGGUGUGGUAUUUGCCGUUGAGUGUUGUUGUACAUCCAAAGAAACCGGAGAAAGUCCGCCUGGUGUGGGAUGCGGCGGCUGCAGUGAAAGGGGUGUCGCUAAAUUCGCAGUUGUUGAAAGGUCCAGAUAUGCUGACUCCACUCCAGAACGUGUUAUACAAGUUUCGGGAACGAGAAGUGGGGUUUGGAGGUGACAUAAGGGAGAUGUAUUUGCAGAUGAUGAUUCGCAAGGCAGAUAAACGUGCUCGUUUUGUGUUCCGCAAAAGCGCACAGGAGGACUUCGAGGUGUACAUAAUCGAUGUGACGAUGUUUGGUGCAACAAGCUCGCCCUGUACGGCACAAUUCGUCAAAAACCUCAACGCAAGAGAAUACGCAGGGCAGUUUCCGGAAGCGGCCAAAGCCAUCGAAGAGAACCAUUAUGUCGAUGAUUACUUCGACAGCACAAAUACAGUCGACGAGGCAAUAGAGCGUGCACAAAAGGUAAGGUUGGUACAUUCCAAAGCCGGUUUCGAGAUUCGCAACUGGGUAUCAAAUUCCAACGAUUUUUUACACGCAAUGGGCGAGGAAAAGGGUGGUUCAUGUGUACAGUUCAAGCAAGGCAAAGAGGCAGUGUUAGAGCGAGUACUGGGAAUAGCUUGGAAUCCAUGCAGCGAUGAUUUCACAUUCACGGCGAAUUUCCGAGAAGAUUUGCUCCCAUAUCUGACCGGGGAACGACGGCCAAGCAAAAGAGUGGUAAUGAGCUGUGUCAUGAGCUUGUUUGACCCGCUGGGAAUGCUAGCAACUUUCCUCAUCCAUGGGAAAAUAUUAGUUCAGGAUCUGUGGCGCAGCGGUAUCGAUUGGGACCAGCCGAUUGAUGAUGGAUGCUUCGAAAAAUGGCAGCGUUGGAUUGGUCGCCUCCCGGCGAUAGAACAAGUAACAAUCCCACGGUACUACUUUCGCAGGUCGAGGUGCGUCGAUCUAAGCACCCUACAACUACACGUUUUAGUCGAUGCUAGCAAAGAUGCCUAUGGUGCCGUCGCCUACUUUAGAGCACUUUCCGAAGAAGGACCGGUGUGCUCGUUGGUGAUGGCAAGAUCCAAAGUUGCACCGUUGAAAAUGCUCUCAAUUCCCCGUCUUGAGCUUCAGGCAGCCGUUAUAGGAUCUAGGUUGAUGCAGUCGGUGAUCGAAGCACAUUCGUUGGAGGUGAUGCAACGUUUUAUCUGGUCGGAUUCGAAGACGGUGAUCUCCUGGAUCCAAUCAGAGCAGCGGAGAUACAAACCAUUCGUGGCCUUCCGGAUCGGCGAGAUCCUGAGCCUUACCAAACACAGCGAGUGGCGAUGGAUAUCCACGACGAGCAAUAUCGCGGACGAUCUGACAAAGUGGAAGAAGGGAAGCAGUUUGGACUCGAGUAGCCCGUGGUUCCACGGACCGCAGUUUUUGUAUCAGCCUGAGGAGCAUUGGUGGCAGCAGGAUGCCGUAGAACCGAACACCCCCGAGGAAAUUCGUGCGUUUCAUCUUUUCCAUGGUGUAACAAUUGCGGAGUCGGUUGUAGAAACGGAUAGAAUAUCGUUAUGGACGGUGCUUGUCAGAACAAUAGCCUGCGUCUAUAGGUUCAGCUCAAACUGCAGAAGAAAGAAGGACGGAUUGCCGAUCGAAGCAUUACCUGCCCCGGCGAGGGUGAAGAAUACAGUGAAGAGAGUCAUACCAGCGGUACCAGUUCCACUUCAAAGGGAAGAAUACCAACGGGCAGAAGCAUAUUUGUGGCGGGUGGCACAGUCGGUGCAGUUCGAAGGGGAAAUCAAAAUGCUGAAGAAGAACAGGGAGCUUCCGUUUCCAGAGUGGCAUGCACUGGAAAAAAGCAGCGAUUUGCACGACGUUAGUCCGUUUUUGGAUGAACAAGACGUGUUGCGCAUGGAAGGCAGAGUAGCCAAAGGAUCAUCGCUAUCAUUCGAAUUAAGGUUCCCGGUGAUCUUGCCAAAGAAACACCCAAUCACGAUGAAGAUUCUGGAGUACUAUCAUCGCCAGGCAGCACAUGCAAAUGCAGAGACGGUAGUUAACGAAGUUCGCCAGCGCUUUUGGAUACCGAAUCUUAGGGCCUCACUGAAGGCAGUUUCGAGAGCGUGUGUUUGGUGCAAAGUCAAGAAAUGUAAACCUACACACUUAAAUCGAGAAUUUCAGCUCGGUAAUAUUUUUUACUGAUUUUAUCCGGUAAAAGAAAUUUUUAACCGAGAGCUCAGUUAAUUGAAAUAAAUUUACUGACUUUUGCAAUGUUUUUACCGAUGUCCCAGUAGUUCAAAAUGUAUUACUGAACCUCGGUAGUAUAAAUUACCGAUCAACUCGGUUCCAAGAAAACAUUUUGUGCUUGUCAAAAAUUAACCGACGACUCAGUAAAAUUCAAUGCAUUUUACUGAGCACUCGGUAAAAAAAUUACCGAGCUCUCAGUUUUAGACAAGUGCCGCUUGGUGAGACGCCAUGUUUUUUUCCAAAUCAGAAAGUGUACAGUGUGGUUUGGAAACACGUAUUUUCUUCGCGGGUUUGUGCUACUAAUACAAAAUAGGUCUUCAUUUAAUUUGCGGAAUGAACAGAGUCCGAAUCACCGUAACCGUUUUAUUUUGGCUAGAUAAAGACGUCCGGAAGAAUAUGCCGUAACAUGAUGCAGCAGGCAACCCGCUAGAAUCAUUUCCAGCUACAUACGCCAAAUAGCUGGCAUUUCGUUCUGGCAAUGUCUUUCGAAUAAUCGUUGUUGUUAUAUACAUUCGAUUUUUCCUACACAACAGUGCUUGAAAACAUGUGUAAUACGUAUUCAGAAAAUACUAAAUAAUAAAUGUCAUUAACAAUGAUGCUAAACAUUGCUGCUUUUAUUACUAUUACUUAAAUCGAUUAAUUUAUUGCAUUUAUUUAUUAUUUAUUAUCUGCAGUAUUUUUUUCAGUAUCCCUCAGUAUU